GCUGUCAACUAUCAGAAACACGACCGCCGCCCCCAAAAAGAUGGAAUCGACGACGAUAAGCAUAAUGGGAAGAGACAAAUUACAUUCUGAACUUUUCAGUUGCAUAACCCUCAUGAAUUGUCCACAUAAUGACGAUACAGAAUAGUAGCCUAAACAAACAUCAACAUAUAAUGGAGUGAACGAAACAAAAAGAGAACAUACAAGAGCAAUUACUUGUUCAUUUCCUGCUACAGGGCCAUGGAAGCUAUCGCAAUUUCUACCAGAAGUAGCAAUCUACUCCUGUUAAAUCUCAGAGCAAGCCGUCAUUUAUGGAGGCCAUCACAUCUCCUCCUUCCAAGAAAACAACCGAGAUUACCUUUCCAAUCCCGUCAAUGUGGCCUUCAAAUCACUGCAUGUAAAAAACUAAACGUGCCCUGCCCGAACGACGACGCCCACGGGCCCGACCAUUCAGAGCACCAUCAUGAUGGCCACCGUCGCCAGCACGGGCACGACCAUUCAGUGCACCACCAUCACGGCCAUCAUCACCAGCACGGGCACGUGCACAAAAACCUUGAACACGGGCAGGAGGACGGGCAGCUGAAUGCGGCUCAGAAGGCUCUACUAAAUUUGGCCAAGGCUAGUGGAUGGGCCAGUUUAGCUGAUUUAUUGCGGGAAAAUUUCAGGCUUUGCUCUUCUGCCAUGGUUUUGCUGCUGUUGGCGGCUCUUUGCCAUUAUGUUCAACCAAAGGCAGCAGCGAAGUCAGCUCAGAAUGCGUUAAUUGCACUCGCAUUUCCUCUUGUCGCGAUAUCAGCAGCACUUGAUGCAUUAGUUGACAUUGCUGGUGGAAAAGUUAAUAUCCAUGUACUAAUGGCCUCAGCUGCAUUCGCAUCUGUAUUUAUGGGAAAUGCCCUGGAAGGCGGAUUACUUCUCGCCAUGUUUAGCCUUGCUCAUAUUGCGGAGGAUUAUUUUGCAAACCGAGCAAUGGGUGAUAUCAAGGCACUAAAGGAAAGCAAUCCAGAGUUUGCUCUUGUUUUGGAUACAUUUGAUGCAACAGCACCUCUUCAUUUUUCAGCAAUAACCUACAAACAUGUUCCUAUGCAUGAUUUGGAGGUGGGAUCAUACAUAUUGGUUAGAGCUGGUGAGGCUGUUCCUGUUGAUGGAGAAGUAUGCCAAGGAAGAUCUAUGGUUACUGUUGAACACUUGACUGGAGAGGCUAAUCCAAUUGACAAACAAAUUGGGGAUGUUGUUCCUGGGGGUGCAAGGAACUUGGAUGGUAUGUUGAUAAUCAAGGCAACAAAGACAUGGAAUGAGUCUACAUUGUCCAAGAUUAUGCAGUUGACUGAAGAAGCACAGUUAAACAAACCAAAGUUGCAAAGGUGGCUUGAUGAUUUUGGCGAGCGUUACAGCCAGGCUGUUGUGGCUGUAUCUUUUGCUGUAGCUCUUUUAGGCCCAUUUCUGUUCAAGUGGCCUUUGAUGAGCAGUCCAGGUGCUAGAGGAUCCAUUUAUAGAGCAUUGGGCCUUAUGGUAGCUGCUUCACCAUGUGCAUUGGCUGCAGCUCCUCUAGCUUAUGUAACUGCAAUUAGUGCUUGUGCAAGUAAGGGUAUUUUGUUAAAAGGUGGACAUGUAUUGGAUGCUCUUGCAUCUUGUGAUACUAUUGCAUUUGACAAAACUGGGACUUUAACCACCGGGGAACUUGUUUGUAAGGCAAUUGAACCAAUCCAUGGACACAGUCUAUCUAACCAGAAGAGCAACAAUGGUAAUGCUUGCUGCAUUCCAAGCUGUGAACAAGAAGCACUUGCAGUAGCAGCUGCUAUGGAAAAGGGAACAACACAUCCUAUUGCAAGAGCAGUGGUAGAUCACACUGAGGGAAAAGAACUACCUCAUGUAUCGAUAGAAAAAUUUGAAUCUCUCCCAGGCAAAGGUUUGGUUGCUACGUUAUCUGUUGUACAGUCAGGAGAUGAUGUUCCUCUAAAUGCCAGACUUGGUUCACUGGAGUAUAUUACAUCUCUGUUCAGAAAUGAUGUUGAGUCAAGGCAAAUAAAAGAGGCAGCAAGUACAUCUCUGUAUGGGUGUGAUCUAGUACGUGCAGUGCUUUCUGUGAACAAAAAGGUAACACUUUUUCAUUUUGAAGAUAAACUUCGUCCUGGAGCUGCAGAUGUUGUAUCUACUUUAAAAAAAAAGGCUGGCAUCAAUUUAAUGAUGCUGACUGGAGAUCAUGAAUCAAGUGCAUGGCGUGUUGCUAAGGUUGUUGGUAUCGAUGAAGUCCAUUUUGGUUUAAAGCCUGAAGAUAAACUCUAUAAAGCGAGAAUUCUCUCGCAGGAUGCUGCUAAAGGUUUAAUAAUGGUGGGUGAUGGUAUAAAUGAUGCACCGGCAUUGGCUGCUGCAACCGUGGGAAUUGUUCUUGCACAACGUGCCAGUGCCACUGCAGUUGCUGUAGCAGAUGUUCUUCUCCUACAGGACAAUAUUGGUGGUGUGCCUUUUGUUAUUGCAAAAGCACGGCAAACAACUUCCUUGGUGAAGCAGAGUGUGCUACUCGCAUUAUCAUGUAUCUUUGUUUCAGCGCUUCCAACAGUGAUGGGUUUCUUACCUCUUUGGUUGACGGUUUUGUUGCAUGAGGGUGGAACACUACUUGUGUGUGUCAAUUCAGUCCGUGCAUUACAUAAUCCUUCUUGGUCAUGGACCCAUGACUUAAGAAGACUGGCAAAUGAUUUUAUUGCAUUGCUAACAAAUACAUUGAAAAGAUUGACCUCUUCCAACAAUGUUCAAGCAGCAUCAUCGUAGCCCACUAUGUAGGCUUUGGCUUUGUAUUGUUUAUUCUGUAUUUACUAGUUUUAUUGUCAUUCACAUCAAGGUCACUGAAGGGAAUUGGAAUAUUAAAUGUUCCAGUCACUUUUAUGAAGUGAGACCAAUAGCAAUGAAUCUUCUCUUUCCUCAUCAUAUGGUGACCUUUUUCUACACUAAUGAAAGUAUCUUUUAUGGUGGAGGCCUUCUUUCCUUGUUGAACUAAUUCGCAAGAAACAGCUAGUUGUGUUACGAGAAGGUUGUAAAAUUUGCAAUUUGUAGAGAGGGGUUAAAAACUAUGUUAAGCGCUAACAUGGAUGCUUAAGAGCUACAGAAGUGUUAAUCAUAAUGUCUUUAAUCUUAUUAAAUACAUAUGUUGUAGCAACCACAGAGCAUAUAAGAAAUUCUACAGAUGCAAGAAAUAAGAUUAUAUUUAAAAACUUUAUUCCUUUUCAAAA